GUGUUAUUCUUAAGCGAAAUGAAACGACGUAAUGCCGUUCGUUUUCCGCGUUACCAGUAAUUAAAAGUUAAAACCUUUAACCACAUCGCGUCGAUUUAACUCGCAAAAGUCGGAACUGUUUGUUUUUUAUUUACCUUCCUAUUUCCAUUAAGUUAAGAAAGUGAUAGCUCAUAAAGAGGAAAAGCGAGAAGAAUCCUAACUCAGAGAAGGAGAGGAAGAAGAAGAAGAAGAAGAAGAAGAAGAAGUUACGUUAGCAUAAAAUAAUUGCGUAAUGCCGCCUUGAUGAUUAACAAGGAGCCUUUUGUUUAUCAUUUUAUUUUUAUCUUUGCAUAAGAAAAACGAUGAAUUAAGAUUUAGCAAGUAUCGUUCGAUAUUUGUCAAAAAAAAAGGAAGGAGAGCGAGAGAGGAGAGAACGAUUUGAAAGAGUCUUCUUGAAAGUGCUUCGGAAAAAUCAGGACGACGGGAAGAUUCAUCGAUUAUCUACAAAAUGGAUGCGAUUUAAGGCCAAGAGUAGAGAGAUCGAGCCAAAGAAAGGAAGAAAGAAGGAGAAGGAACAAAAAUUUACUAGUAGAAAGGGGAAAGGGACUAGAAGUUGAAUGAAGAAUCGUGAAAAUCUAGUACAAUACACCAUCAUUACGUCGUAAAAGAGAAAGAGAGAGGGAGAUAGAGAAAAGAUAGAGAGAUAUGGUCGAUAGGUCGAUCUAUAGUUCUGCUAGAAUGAGUCGAUUUCAAGAGUAAAGAGUGGAGAACGUUGAUUCCUAAAGACUUGUGGUGUGGUAGUAGUAGUGGUGGGGGUGGGGGUGGUGGUGAUAAUAAUAAUAGCGGAUGGUGAUUUGUUAGAAAAGAAUUUUUGUCAAAAAGUAGUCUAAGACGAGUAAUAUAAUAAGAAGUAAAAAAUGACGGGUAGUAGACAGAGCGAAUUUGGUAAUGGAGUAGCUGUGCAAGGAGAUGGUAGAAAACAUACGGUUCAUUGGUUUAGAAGAGGACUGAGAUUGCAUGACAAUCCGUCCCUCAGAGAAGGACUAGCCGGUGCUUCUACUUUCCGGUGUGUCUUUAUAUUGGACCCCUGGUUUGCCGGAAGCACUAACGUUGGUAUUAAUAAAUGGAGAUUUCUCUUGCAAUGUCUCGAGGAUCUCGACUGUUCCCUAAGGAAAUUGAAUUCCCGUUUGUUCGUAAUACGAGGGCAACCAGCGGAUGCCUUACCAAAGCUUUUUAAAGAAUGGGGAACGACGAAUUUUACCUUCGAGGAGGAUCCAGAACCAUUUGGACGCGUACGAGAUCACAAAAUUUCUACACUUUGUAAGGAGCUUGGUAUCUCGGUGGUCCAGAGGGUCUCACACACUCUUUACAAGUUGGACGAGAUUAUAGAAAGAAAUGGAGGCAAACCACCCCUGACCUAUCAUCAAUUUCAAAAUGUCGUAGCUAGUAUGGAUUCUCCAGAGAAGCCUGUAUCUACAGUAACUUCAGCCUGCAUUGGCGAUGCCUAUACUCCUUUGAAGGACGAUCACGAUGAUCAUUUUGGUAUACCAACGUUAGAGGAACUCGGCUUCGACACAGAAGGGCUUCUACCGCCUGUAUGGGUCGGUGGUGAGAGUGAGGCCUUGGCACGAUUGGAACGUCAUCUCGAGAGGAAGGCCUGGGUGGCGAGUUUCGGCAGGCCGAAGAUGACACCGCAAUCACUACUGCCGAGUCAGACAGGCCUAUCUCCUUAUUUACGCUUUGGCUGUCUCAGCACCAGACUUUUCUACUAUCAACUUACCGAUUUGUACAAAAAGAUUAAGAAAGCAGUACCACCUCUCUCCUUGCAUGGUCAACUUUUAUGGCGCGAAUUUUUUUAUUGCGCAGCCACAAAGAAUUCUAAUUUUGAUCGGAUGCAAGGUAAUCCGAUUUGUGUCCAGAUACCGUGGGAUAAGAACGUCGAAGCUUUGGCAAAGUGGGCGAAUGGUCAAACGGGUUUUCCAUGGAUCGAUGCGAUUAUGACUCAGCUAAGAGAAGAAGGUUGGAUACAUCACUUGGCGAGACACGCGGUUGCUUGCUUUUUGACCAGAGGUGACCUUUGGAUAUCUUGGGAAGAGGGAAUGAAGGUCUUCGAUGAACUUUUAUUAGAUGCUGAUUGGUCGGUGAAUGCCGGUAUGUGGAUGUGGUUGUCAUGCAGCUCCUUUUUCCAGCAGUUCUUUCAUUGCUACUGUCCGAUACGAUUCGGUAGAAAAGCCGAUCCAAACGGUGAUUACAUUCGACGUUACCUGCCAAUAUUGAAAAAUUUUCCUACAAGAUAUAUCCACGAACCGUGGAACGCGCCAAUUAGUAUACAACGAGCAGCAAAGUGCAUAAUUGGCAAGGAUUAUUCCCUACCUAUGGUGAAUCAUAGCAAGAGUUCGCGAAUCAACUUUGAACGAAUGAAGCAGGUUUAUCAGCAGCUUAACAAAUAUCGUGGGAACGGAACUUCAUUCAAAAGUGAAUCAGUUGGUUUACUAAACGCAUUAUUGCCGUCUAAUAUGAAAGUCAAGGAAGAGGAAGACAAAACAAAUCGUCCAUUGACGAAUCUUAACAAGGAGGACAAAACAAAUCGUCCAUUGACGAAUCUUAACAAGGAGGACCGAAAAUUGGAUGCUAAUGAUGCUAAUAUUGCACAACAAUAACGAUCAUAGUACCGAUCGAAAUGAUAUUUCUUUUAAGAAGAUAUCGUUAACUUUUUUUUAUUUUAUUAAAUUAUCAUCGUCGCGACCAAUGCG